AUGGAUGAAGAGAUCCCCAGUAUUCCAGUAACGGAUGAUGAAGUUCAAACGCUUCGAGGACAUGUACAGCAAUUGAACAGUGUCAACGCAAAUACCGAAAACAGCAGUUUAAACGCCGAGAAUAUUGGUCUGGUCUCAAAUUCGGGUGAGGACGUCAAUUUCAAGAAGCAAGUGAUUGGACUACUUACAGCACUGCGCAAGUAG